AUGGCUUCGACGCCGAUGUCCCCGCACUUCCCUGCCGACGUUUUCGGGGGGGCUUUCGAUGCCGGCGGCCGCCCGCACCACGCCACUCGGCCCGGUAAUCAGACCACUCUAUUGAGUCCAGACCAUAAUCGCCCCAACUCGUUCAACGAACCGACCACGGCCACAACGCUCAACCAGGGCCAAACCAUUGCGGGUGUCCCUGGACUAGCGACGGCACAAUUACACCAGGCCCCAGAUCUUCAGCAUCAGCUGCAGCAGCCUCAGCUCCAUCCUUCAGCCCUGAGUCUGGGGUUAACAUACGCAGACAGCGGCCAGGGUCACCGCCAUCAACACCGAUUCCGUCCUGAAGCAGCGUCUUUCGCUGAUCAGCAGGGCCCAUCAUCACUGCUCCAUACGCAUGGCCAUGAGCAACCACCCAACACAUGGCUUCCGCCCGGAUAUGGGGUCCUGAUGUACCCUGACAGCCAGCAACAGCACGCCGAUCCAACGUCGCCCUCCACAACGGCAGGUGUCAAUCCACCUGCCACGAUUUCUGCAGCAGGCGACUUGAUCAAUAGCAGCGACAGCAUUGGCGCAGGUGGUCACCUAUACGAUUUUGGCUUUACUGCACCACCAUGUGAGCCGUCGUUCCUUGGCGGAGAUUAUGCCGACAUCAGGCCACUUUCCACAGCAGCGGCGGCGGCAGCUCAUCCGCAACCACCAACAACCACUUUCGAUGUUCGUUCUUCGCCAUGGCAGCCUCGGCUCCAGGACAGCAGCUCCGUCACGUUGACACAAAACAUUGAAGCCGUUGCCGCAGCCGAACUGAACCACGACGUCCGAAAGCACAGCAAAAGCAGCAUGGAGGCCGACAGAAACGUGAAAGACCCUGCGUGGAACGACGAGGACAACGAAUGGGCGGAGAGAAGGGGCGGAGCUGCCGGGACAAACAAUAAGACACCGUCUGGGUCUCGCAGACAGGAGAGGAAGGGGAAGCGCCGUGCCGUGGCCGACCCCGGUGCAAGCGGCGUUGACGACGACGACGCCGACGGCGACGACGAACCCACCAGCCCCGCGGGCCGGACCAGCAUCAGCGGCCGAUCGAUCAAGUCCGUGUCCGCCGCCUCGUCCGCCGGGUCGAAUAGCAAAGCGGCGCCGGUGCCACGUCUGCGCAGCGCCUCUCGCACGUCCAAGAACCAGUCGCAGAAGCCGACGGAGACGCCGGAAGAACGACGGACGCGCGCGUCGCACAACCUGGUCGAGAAGCAGUACCGCAACCGGCUCAACGCCCAGUUUGAAGGCCUCCUCAAUGCCCUACCGGAGCAGGUGCGCGGACCGGCCGGCGCCGGGGACGUCGACGAGUCGGAUCCGCAGCAGGCGGACGAGGAGCGGCGGGUCAGCAAGGCCGAGGUGCUAGACAUGGCGCGCCGGCACAUCAAGAACCUGGAGCGGGAGCGGGAGGUGCUGCAUCGCGAACGCGGGGAGCUGCUGCGCAACCUGGAGACGUUGGAGAGAGAGGCGGCCGUGAGCGGAGGCGGAGGCGGCCGGUUGGACGAGUUCCUCGACGUCGAGGGGGCCUCGGACGAGAGAGGCGAGCCGUCGUGGAGGAAUGCUUGA